AUGGCAAGAUCAGGUCAUUCCACUCAGUUGACUUCCACUUCUGGACGACAUAGGGCACGUCAACCACAGACACAGAAGCUCACGGAUAACGAAAUUUCAGAGUUGAAGAACUACCUUCCUGAGUGGACUUCGGCGAAAAGGAUUGAGAAGAGGGCAGUUUUCACUACCAUAGCUAGGGCUGCCAGCUAUUUGCUCCCAAGGGGGCAAAGCCAGGAGGUUCCCGUUGGAGAGGCAGAAGACACGGCUGAAGAAUGGUCCAGCAACUUCUUCCUCCUCCCGAGAUACAAGCACAAGUGGCUCGUAAGAAGGGACCGGCGUAUAUGGAGCACUUUCGAAGGAGAUGUGGAGGCAAUGCGGGAUGAGAGUGUUUGGUGA